AUGCCUCCCCUGUCAAGGAACAACUCGUGUGUUGAUAUUGACUUUACUCUGCGGCGAAAGUUUAAGCGAAGCUCUUUCAGGCCCCUACAACGCGAGGUGAUCGUCGAAGCACUUGCAGGAAGAGAUGUCUUUGUUCAAGCAGCUACAGGCUUCGGCAAGAGCCUGUGCUUCCAACUGCCAGCAAUUAUAGAUCAUGGCAUCACUAUUACCGACCAAGUAAACGCUUUACGCGCUGCAGAUAUUGCGGCUGGCUCGAUCAACGGGACCACGCCUUACGACGAACGCCAGCGUUUGCUACAAGACCUUGCAACUGGUCAUCCACUCACCCGCCUCCUCUAUGUCACGCCGGAGCAGUGUGCCACGGAGAACUUUCGGAAGCACCUACGAGUCGUUCAUGAGCAGCAGGAGCUCGCCCGCAUCGCAGUUGAUGAGGCACACUGCAUUUCAGAAUGGGGUCAUGACUUUCGUCCGUCAUUCAAGGGACUGUGCUUCUUCCGCGAGAGCUUCCCCGACGUACCAAUCAUCUGCCUUACAGCCACGGCAACGGCACAGGUUCGUAACGAUGUCAUUGCGAUCCUCAAGUUGGAUCAGUCGAACCUGAAGGUUUUCACUAUGACCACAAGUCGGCAGAACUUACAUUACGAAGUACGAUUCAAAAGCGAUGAAGACGAUCACUACAGUGGUGAGGAAUCCCGUCGCCAUCUUUCUGCUUAUCGCCGUCGUGUUCGAGAAGUGCCCUCGCCGACGAAUCUUGGCCGUUUGAAGGCUAACGGACAUGCAGAUUUCUUAGGCUGGUUGCGGGCUGUACACCGCCGGCGAGCCGAGAACUCCGCACGGCGAGUGGAACUCGAACGCAUCAAUGAACGCCCAAAUAACGUGUCUGGAAUUAUCUACACGCUCUACCGGAGCGACUGCGAAGCUCUGGCGGCUCGACUCUGCAAAAGUGGCAUUGGAGCAAAGCCCUAUCACGCAGGACUAAGCACUGAAGAAAAGAAUGAUACGCUGCACCGGUGGAUCAACAACUUUGAGGGCUAUGAUGUGAUCGUAGCAACUACGGCGUUUGGAAUGGGCAUCGAUAAGGAAGACGUACGGUUUGUGGUGCAUUGGCAGUUACCGAAGUCGUUUGAGGGCUUCUACCAGGAGGCCGGUCGUGCAGGCCGAGACGGGAAGGCUAGUGCAUGCAUCAUGUACUACAGCCGCGAGGACCGGGAUCGAACGUUCAACCGGAUGAAGAAGGAUACGAAAGAGAAAUCCAACUUGGAGGCGAGAGUAAAGAGCCUGCAGGCACUGGUGGACUACUGCGAAAAUGUGGAUACUUGUAAACACCACGUGAUCACAAAGUACUUUGGCGAGAAGGAAGUGCCCGAGUGCGACUAUGCUUGCGAUUGGCACAAAGACGCGAAGAAGCUGCGAAAGGAGAAGAUGAAUAACCUGAUGAGUGAAGAGUGGGUUAGCACCCAAGCAGGCCUGGGUGCAUUCAAUUCUGGUUACGAGGGUUAUGAUUGA